AUGCCAUGGCCCAGGAGAGAGUUGCUUGGUGUUGUACAGGAGUUUGAGGUCUUAAAAGAAGUCGGCGUGUGCCAAGUCCCGCUGAUCUUCCUUUUGGUCCAGGGCUCAGCAGCGCCGCGUGACGAUCUUGCAGAGCUAGACCGCCUCGGCAGUGCUUCAGUCGAGAUGACGCGCACCAUCCUCUCAAUGCCGCAGCCCAUCUAUGGCCUUGCUCUUGGUGAGAUUUCAUCCACGGGAGCCAUGAUCUUGGAUGCUUGCGAUUGCAUUCUUUCCGACUUGCCACAUGAGAAUCUGGUCAGCCGUGUUUUACACCCCAACGAGAUUGCCCUUGUGUGCGAGAUCCUUUCGAUGGAGGUGGCAAACAUGAACUCAACAGAGGUGGAGAAAGUGAAAGAGCGGCUUCACUGGAAAAAGCUGAGCAGCCGUUUUCCCGCUUUGGCCAAAGCCAGGUGCUCUCAAGGUUGCCUUCAGCCUGACACCGCCAUUUCCGCGACGCUGGAUCAGGUAAGAUUCUUGCCCGGUCAGCGCAUUGUGAUUGACAUGUGA